AACCCAGUGCUUGUGCUAUGGGCAGUAAUGCCAGGAUCUGGAUUGGAGGGGGAGAUGCUGGGGGGCUGACGCAAGUCUGUGAGGAACUGGAGACAGGAGCCAGUGUAGGUGGGAUCAAGGAAACAGGCCGGGACGUCAAGCCCAGAGAGGGAGGAUGGAGGGGCCGGGCUGCAUAUGGGCAGCGAGGGUUACAAGCCAAAUGGAAACUGAGUUGACCCCGUUAAGAGUUCUUCUGUUUAUAGUCAAAACACCGGGCUCUGAAGCCAGGUGCUACCUGUGGGCUUUCCUGAAUGUUCUCUAGAGUCUUUUAAGGGGCAAGCCCCAAAAGACAGUACUGGCUCACCCUUCCUCCCCUCUGUCCCUCCCUACCUACCACUUAGCUUCCUUUUUCCAGUGCAGUCCCAGAGUCUGGUAUAGGUCAGGAGAGGAAAAGGUGGAGGAGAAUCUGUGUUCUGCAAAAGGAGAGGAAAAUGAGAGCGACCAUGACCAACUGGCGCAGCUCCAUCAUCCUCACGGCCUACGUCGUCAUCUUCCUCACCGGUCUCCCCGCCAACCUCCUGGCCCUGCGGGCCUUCGUGGGGCGGGUCCGCCAGCCUCACCCCGCGCCCGUCCACAUCCUCCUGCUCAGCCUGACGCUGGCGGACCUCCUGCUGCUGCUGCUGCUGCCCUUCAAGAUGGUUGAGGCCGCCUAUAACUUCCGCUGGUAUCUGCCCGAGCUGCUCUGCGCCCUCACGGGUUUCGGCUUCUACAGCAGCAUCUACUGCAGCACGUGGCUCCUGGCGGGCAUCAGCAUCGAGCGCUACCUGGGAGUGGCUUUCCCCGUGCAGUACAAGCUGUCCCGCAAGCCUGUGUACGGAGUGAUCGCUGCCGUGGUCGCCUGGGUCAUGUCCUUUGGUCACUGCACCAUUGUGAUCAUUGGCCAGUACUUGAACUCAACCCAGCAGACCGCAAACACGAACGGAAUCACUUGCUAUGAGAACUUCACCGAAACGCAGCUGAGCGUGGUGCUUCCGGUGCGGCUGGAGCUGUGCCUCUUCCUCUUCUUCGUCCCCAUGGUGAUCACCAUCUUCUGCUACUGGCGCUUUGUGUGGAUCAUGCUCACCCAGCCCCACGUGGGGGCCCAGAGGCGGCGCAGAGCUGUGGGGCUGGCUGUUGUGACCCUCCUUAAUUUCCUGGUGUGCUUCGGGCCUUACAACAUAUCCCACCUGGUGGGGUAUUACACGAAGAAAAGCCCCCCGUGGCGGGUCGAAGCCGUGGUGUUCAGUUCCCUCAAUGCCAGUCUGGACCCCCUGCUCUUCUACUUCUCUUCAUCGGCUGUGCGCAGAGCCUUUGGAAAAGGGCUGCAGAUACUGCGACAUCAGGGCUCCUCCCUGUUGGGACGCAAAGGCAGAGAGACAGCGGAGGGGGCGAGUGGGGACAGGGGUGUGAGUCAAGCCGAGGGAGCACCGAGUUCCGACUUCACUACAGACUAGGGGGGUCCUGGACCUUUGGAGGCACUCUGGGUUACCUAAGAAUUGAGCAGGCUGGGAGAGUGGGAGCACGGGUCAGGAAUCCUCAGCCCCGAUCCACUACCGGGGCUGCGAAAACCUCUCUCAGCAGCUUGGUGUCCCCUCCUGACUGAAGUUUCCAGCCCAAAGGAGCACAGCUCUGUGACAAAAAGAAGAAAUGGUUAGGCACAGAAGCACCAUCAGACCAGGGUUUCGGAAGCAACGUAGCUAAUACAAACCCAGUCCCUGUGACGUAGCCGGCAGCUGGGGAUGACCGGGCUCAAGCGGAGUCCUUAAAGCAAUCUUGCUAUAAAGCUUUGAACAACACCUAGACGCCGGUCUAGCUGUGGAUGCUGGAAAGAAGCCAACAGGAAAGAGGUGGAUGAGAAUACCAAAUGAGGUCAAAGAAGACUCAGGAAGGUUAUAAGCCAAGGGGGGGCGGGGAUUAAGAGGGAGGACUGGAGACCCAGGCCCCUGAUGAUCUAGGUUUGCACUGUAUCUAUCGCUUCCACCUGCUGCUUUGUAAGUAUGCUCCAGUCGCCUUCGUGUGUGUAUCUUGUCUCCCUGCGUCAAACCUGCCGGAGGUCUGGGUCUUGUCUUCCCCCUCCGUGGCACCCCACACGGGUCAGGACGCAGCCUGGCACCCAUCAGUCAGAAGUCAACACCGGUGAGCCCGGGAGUACACAACCUGGCCUGGCAGACUGAAAAUAAAGACGGUAAAACUCUGCA